AUGGUCACCCUGUCGGUUGCCCAGGCCUCUAAUGCAAGCAUUGCCACUCUUCCGUCCGGCAUGGUGGCCGUCUUCGUCGGAGGCACUAGCGGCAUCGGCGGACACGCCCUGAAGAGCUUCGCGGAGCACGCCCGGAGCCCGCUCAUCUAUCUCGUCGGCCGGUCGCAGGAAGCCGCCGACAUCAUCAUAUCCGACUGCACUAAGCGGAAUCCCGACGGACGGUACAUUUUUAUCCAGUCCGACGUCAGCCUUUUGAACAAUGUUGUGCAAGUUUGCGAACGGAUUUUGUCAGAAACAAAGACUAUCAAUCUCCUGUUCCAAUCACAGGGAGGCCUGCAAAUAGACAAGACGACAGAAGGACUUUGCAAAGCGUACGUCCUCCCUGUCACUUCGCGCAUUCUAUUUUCUCUCCGCCUUCUGCCGGCUUUACAGCGAGCGACUGGCCUGAAGCGAGUCGUCUCCGUCUUUGCCGCCGGCUACGAGGGCCCCUUUGAUGAGAGCGACUGGGCCGAGUACGGCUCAAAGCACCCGAUCGGGGCCCGUGGUCAUAUGGCCUCGAUGAUCACCAUGGCGCAGAAUACCCUAGCCAAGAGAGCCCCGGAUGUAAGCUUCAUCCACAACUACCCGGGCGCCGUCAAGACCAACUUUGGUAAAGAUGCCAAGGGAUUCAUGGUGGCGGUGCGCACAGCGCUUGUGCUACUUGGACCGCUGUUCCUCAAGUAUCGCUCUGUCGAGGAGUCGUCCGUGGUGCAGCUCUAUGGCGCCACCAGCGCCGCGUUUCCGCCGGCGAAUGGCGGCGCCGGCGCCGGGGUUCCUCUCUCGGAAGGAACGGUGGUGUCUGUUGGUGCUGAUGGAAGACCAGGAAGCGGCAGCUAUAACUUGGAUGCCAUGUGCGAGAGAGCGUCUGACGCAGUCGAAAGACGUCUUGCCGAAGCAAAGGAGAGUGGCGCAGAGGAUCGGCUGUGGGCACAUAUUGUCGGCGAGAUCAAGGAAAGAACAGGACAAGACUACUAA